AUGGCGUCCAUCGACAUUUCCAAGGGCACCGAGCACCUUGAAGAAGUCGUCGUCGAGAAAGACGACAACCGGAACCUGGACACGAUUGAGGAUGGCACACCUGGAGCCUUCGUCUGGCUGUGUGCCGCUGCCGCCGCCAUUGGAGGCAUGCUUUUCGGCUACGACACCGGAGUCAUUUCUGGUGUGCUUGUCGUAAUCGGCUCCGACCUCGACAACAAGGCCUUGUCCAGCUCCGAGAAGGAGCUUAUCACCGCCCUCUGUGCGGCUGGCGGACUUUGCGGCGCAGUAAUAGCUGGUACGACGGCCGACAAGUACGGCCGCCGUCCUGCCAUCUGGUUCGCCUCCGUCCUCUUCACCAUCGGUGCCGUCAUCCAAGCCAGCUCCUACACCAUCUCCCAGAUGUCAGUCGGUCGCUUCUUGGUCGGCCUGGGCGUUGGUUCCGCAUCCACAGUCGUCCCCCUUUACAUCGCCGAAAUCUCGCCUGCCCGCUUCCGCGGCCGCAUGAUCUCCGUCGACAUGAUCUUCCUAGGCGCGGGUUCCGUGCUUGCCUACGCCUUCGACGCGGCCUUCGCAAGUGUCCCACACGGCUGGCGCUACAUGGUCGGCAUCGGCGGGCUGCCGUCGAUCCUGCUCGGCAUCCUGCUCUUCUGGUGCCCCGAGUCGCCACGACAACUGCUCUUCCACAACCGGACGGACGAGUGCGCGCGGGUGCUGCGCAAGAUCUACCCGCGGGCGACCGAGGAGCAGCUGCGCGACAAGGUGCGCAGCAUCGAGCUGGGCGUGACGCAGGCGAAGGCGCUGAACGAGGAGAUCUCGGUCGUGGCCGCGCUGCGCAUGCUGUUCGGCGUGCCCGCGAACCUGCGCGCCGCCGUCGCCGCCUGCGGCCUGAUGGCCGUGCAGCAGCUGUGCGGCUUCAACACCCUCAUGUACUACUCGUCCACCCUGUUCGACAUCGUCGGCUUCCACAACCCUGUCGCCGUCGGCACCGUCGUCGCCGGCGUCAAUUGGAUCUUCACCAUCCUGUCCAUCUUCCUCAUUGACCGCGUCGGCCGCCGGCGCAUCCUGCUGUGGACCAUGUGGGGCAUGCCCGUCUGCCUCGUCGGCGCUGCUGUCGCUUUCAAGUGGAUCCCCAUCGACCAGCAGACGCUGACUGUGACGGAAGAUAAAACUGGGCCGCCGGCGAUCAUCGUGCUGGUCUGCAUGAUCCUUUUCGUGGCAUUCUAUGCUGCUGGUCUGGGCUGCGUGCCAUGGCAGGCGAACGAGUUCUUGCCUAUGGAAGUGCGCGCUAUGGGCACCAUGCUCGUGAAUAUCUGCAACUGGGGCCCCAACAUCAUCGUAAGCGCAACGUUUCUGUCCAUGAUGAAAGGAAUCUCGCCGUCCGGCACGUUCGGUUUCUACGCUGCGCUGUGCUUUAUCGGAUGGAUCUUCGUCAUCUUCUGCUUCCCGGAAGCAGCCAAUAUGACAUUGGAGGAGGUUCGCUGCGUGUUUGAGCACGGGUUUGGAGUGAAAUAUGCGGAGGAAUGGAGGAAACAGCGGAGCGUGGAUAUGAAGCAGGCAAAAGAGGAAGUUAAGGUGUAA